UAUGGUGACGCAGUCGAAAGGCUUGAAGUAGGGUCGGUGGGAAAAAAAAAAGUGGUCGACCUCAGCAAAUGUGCAUCAGACGUUUGAAAUGAUGCAGAAGUGAAACUAACCUCUGGCACGAAUGUGAGUGGCCGACCGCGGCGCAGAGGUGGAGCUCAGAUUUCUACCCUGUCACCAGAAGGAAACGCUCCUGUCAGUUUGUGUCUUGGCUCACAACAUGACACAUGCGGUCUUGUCACGGGAGAUUCAGGAACAAACCCAACCCGCGCUCCUAGUUUACCCCCUUGGACGCUUCUGACUGCCUCAACUCCGUGCGUAACGGUUUGGAUCCAAUGGAUUUGCGCGCUGUGGGAGUCGACUGGAACGCAGCGGCUGUGAUGUUUGGCGCGGGACUGUGAGAAACGCACAUCUACAGGUAUGAACGUGACGACGACGGAGCUGAAGGCGCCCACUAUCCCAGUGAUCAUGUUCAUUUUCGGGGUGGUGGGGAACGUCAUCGCCAUCGUGGUUCUACGGAUUUCCCGGAAGGAGCAGAAGGAGACGACUUUCUACACACUGGUCUGUGGUCUGGCGGUGACAGACCUGCUCGGGACCCUGCUCGCCAGCCCGGUCACCAUCGCCACUUACAUGAUGGGCGUGUGGCCGGGGAGAGAGUCCGGCGCGCUUUGCCAGUACUCCGGCUUCGUCCUGCUCUUCUUCUUCGUGGUCCAGCUCAGCAUCGUCUUCGCUAUGUCCGUGGAAAGAUUCCUGGCCAUCAACCACGCGUACUUCUACAACGAGUAUGUGAACCAGAAGCUGGCCGCGCUCGCUCUCCUGUUCAUCUACAUGUCCAGCGUGGUGUUUUGCGCGCUGCCCAGCCUCGGAGUCGGAAAGAUCACGCUGCAGAACUCCGAGACCUGGUGCUUCAUCGACUGGCAGACCGGUAACACCACCGUGGCGGCGUUCAACCUCAUGUACGCGGGUGUGAACUCGAGCAUAGUCCUGGCCACUGUGGUGUGUAACGUGAUGGUGUGCGCGGCUCUCAUCGUCAUGCACAAGCGCUUCAUCCGCCGGACCUCGCUGGGGACGGACCAGAGGCGCGCGGCGGAGCUGAGGCGCAGAAGAAGCUUCAGGAGACUGGCCGGAGCUGAGAUCCAGAUGGUCAUCCUGCUCAUCGCCACUUCAGUCGUGGUCCUCAUCUGCUCCAUCCCUCUAGUGCUGAGGAUCUUCGAGAAUCAACUAUCUGGUCUUCGGGGACAAGAACUAAAGGGAAAGAACGAGGACCUUCUUGCCAUCCGCAUGGCCUCCGUCAACCCCAUCCUGGACCCGUGGAUCUACAUCCUCCUCAGAAAGACUGUGGUCCUCAAGCUGUUGGAGAAAAUCAAGUAUCUUUUCUGUAAAAUGGGAGGGCGAGGACGGGGGAACGCUGGCCAGUUUCGCUGCAGGGAACGCCACCUGUCCUCCUCCAGCGUGUCUCGCGAUUCCCCUUCGCUGCUGUCGCGGGAGCUCCAAGAGAUUGUGAACACAUCACAGACCCUCUUGUACUCGUUGGAGGGGAACGCAGUGAAUUUGCAGCCAGCCGGGGACCCGGGGGUGGCAAGUCUAUCCUCUUCUCCACAGACAUUACAGUGCCCCCUGGCGGCCAGCAGGCAGGAUUUCCGGGACGCUCAGAAGGAACCUCCUGUGUGCUCCAACCCUGCUCUGCAUGUGACAUUUACUGGCGAGGGUGCGACGGGGCAGGAGAAGCGUAUAUGAAUCGGCUGAAGAGACACUGUGUGGAAAACAAUGUGAAAUAGCAAUAGUGAUCUGCCCUUACAGAACAUCUAUGAAAGCAUACGUAGGCUAUUUGUGAGACAUUCCAGUUUAGGAGGGCAGUGGCUGCUUUGGAUGGACAAGAUCGGCUCAUACGUCCCUGCACUGAAAAGAAGCAUUCACUUGACUAUUACAAUCUAUCUUUAUUGCUCACCAAACUCCAGAAAUUCGACACAAAAAAAUAUCAAAACAUUUCAAAAAUAUUUACUGCUGAUGCGUGUGACUGAGUGUGGAAAUACUUCACCAAACUGAUAAGAGAUUUGCAUCUGAUAAAAUGGCCAUCUAGGAUUCUGAUACAUAACAUGAGCCGAGUGAAUCGAAACAAUCCCUUACUACAACCAUUUGACCAGAAUCUGAUGCAAACAGUCAAGACAAGGUGUCCAAGCCAGUGUCUCAAGAAGCAGCUGUUCUGCUCUCCUCAAUGAUUUAGCUCCUCACUUUUCCAGGACAGGGAGGAGCCAUCCUGAAUCAACCAACUUGUUUUGGUUUUUGGUCGCCACCCCAAGUUUGUGACUGCAAGCAAGUCUGCAGGAGUGGAGCACAGGUAUAAAACCAGUCCUCAAAGGGCUGCAGGUUUUCCUUCCAACCAAAUGAGAGGAAACCUUAUGGCUUGUCAGUCUGGUGCUGCUUGUUUCAACUGUUACAUGAUUGGUUAAACAAUAUGUGCUCGCUGGGUUGGGACGAAAACCCGGAGCCACUUGAGUGUGGACCUCCACUAGACUAAUGGCAAAAAAAACAAUUGAACUUUGUGAAAAGUAUCACAAGAAUGCUCAACCAAACCGCAAAAAAAAACUGCUGCCGCACUGGAGAGGAAUCUCCCCCAAACUGUCAAAACUAGAUAAAUCAGUUAAAAAGUCAGCCAAAAAAACAACUGCCAAACACACUGACCAAACCAGGAAAAGCCCAGGAGCUUCCUCCAAGAAAAAAAAAGUAAAUCACAAUGUCAGCACUUUUUUUGUUAAACUUUCUCUUCUCUUCAACAGAGGUAUUUCAACGUAUGGAUUCCAUCUCAUGUGUCACACUUUCAACAGCAGUCAACAGUACAACUUUUCAAUCCUAAUUUAUUUCUGAAAAAAAUUCUGAAACCCUACGCCACCAGCCUUAAAAACGCUGCAUAACAUUGCUAACAUUGUGGAUUAUUUGCACUUUUUGAAUCGUGAAACUACUGUGAGGCCGCCGGGAGUCGACCAGGGAGGCGGGGCGGGGAUGAAAAUGUGAAUGUGUGAGUUUCAUGAUUUUAAUUUAUUUCAGUUUAGCAUGAAAAUAUUGUAUCAUCUUCUCCGUGAGAAGGUCCGUUUCAUUUGAAGCCAUCUUGAUGUUUUUCAUGUUUUUCAUGUUUUUGGGUCUUACUGGUUUCAACAGCAGCAAGAUCCUAUCGCAGCAUGUCAGAAUGAAGCGACAGCUGCUUUCGCUAAUGUCAGCGGAAUUCUGAGUGUUCUCAACAUGCCACAGUGAGGAUCUAUCGGCUUAUUUGCUUUCCAGAACUGCAGCUAGAAGCAGGGACGGUGAACACUGAUUCACUUUUAUGUUUUGAUGUAUGUUUUGUGUUUUUCAUGUUGCAUCAACUAGCAUCAGCACAUUUACUCUCCUGUGAAGAAGACAUUUUUGUACAAAACUCAUGAAUAAACAGAAUAUUAAGACAUGUGUUUGUAUAUUUUCCUUUAUAUACAAUAGUCAUCUGUAUUUUGUAGGGUAAAAAGGAGAAUC